CCAAAUUGGCCCUCAUUGCGCUAUGACCUGAUUACUACACAUUACGUACCUCCCAUUUUCUUCUCUGUUUCUGCACUCGCCUCCAACAAAAUUAGAGGAACGAUUAGAGGACGAUAUCAUCUUCAAGUCCGUAUGAUUUGUCGAACGCACGCUCUAUGGUUUAUAAGCAUAUUUCUCUUUGUCUGCCGUGUCAUGGAGCCGAUUAUCUAUUUUCUGCAACGAUGUUCUUAAACCCUGAGAAAAGCUCAAGGUUUAAGGCAAUCGGUGGAACUCAAGCAAUUGUAUCGAUUCUCGGGCAACAGCGAGGGGAGUCUGUAGGUCAUGGGAGUCACCAGGUCACUACCCGUGUCGAACGCAACUUCGUCGUCUUCGUUUACACCGCGCGGUUCGAUGUCGGUGGAGCAUUUUGUACCUGCCAGUCUGCGCUUCGUUUGAUGGCGAAUGGAGGGCUGAAGAACCUAUUUUCCGAAACCACUUGUUGAUUUUACUGAAAAAACUUGGAGGAUUUUGGGCACCUUUGAGAAUACCCUGAUUUUUCAUCCCCUAACUCACACAGCAAAUGACGGAAUGACUGCCCGAAAAUCUUCUGAAACAGAGGAUUGUUGAAAGUGUCCAAAACACACAUCUGGGGAACGAUAAAGAGCACACAAUACCAGGCAGCAUCUUUAGAGACGACUGGUGGAGGGUCUCGUACAACGAAGCAGGUGCUUUGUGACAGCCACGUUUGACAAGAAUAGUGUCGAUCGAGAGGGGACAGUGUGAAGCAUCUGGCAAGAGGAAUCUCGCCAAUCUGUUCGUAUACGGACGCAAUCAAUUAUGGAAGUCUCUUGUCCAACGUAACGCAAGGAAUUGAGGAAGGAGAAAUUCCCAGUGCACAGUGUGGCCGCAGCACGUAACUCUAGGCUGAGCGGGGUCAGGAUUUCUCUAGGACCCACAGGUACAGACAGACUCCGAAGGACGACGACGCACUGGCGCAGCAACGGCCAUACAUCCUUGCAGCUCUUCGUCUGCUCGUUUGAUUCACGAUAUCGAAGCUACAGGUCGGCCAAUUUUGUUUCCAGAUACAUAAGCAGGUCACUGGAGUACCGCAGUGGUCUAGGUUGUCGUCGUUGAACUCACCUCAUCAUACAGCUCCUCGAGCAAAGUGCACAAUCAUUGCUUGAGGAGAACAGAGGUGGUCAAACGCUCGAAGUUUGUGGUGCGCUGGCUGGUUGGUUGGCCAGGCCGGAUUUUACACUUUAGGGACGACCGAGGGACUCGGUUGUUGAUCGAACUUGAUGUCAACAGAACGGAAGACAAUCUGACUCGACCUUAUCUACACGACCUCCGGCUCGAGAGAUUCAAUUUUUUGGGAAAACUCGAGGGAUGGAGCAUUGAAUUGCUGCCGUUUCUUGAGCUUUGGUACGUCCUCUCAUAUGAUUCCGCAUUUGAGUGUCGGGGUUCUGGUGCAGGUGUGUGUUCUCACCGGGUUUUUUUCAACAGCGUGUCUAGUCUCUGUGUCCCUUCUGCACGGAUUGCAUGCCUAUCUUCUUCCUGAAGCCGGAGAAAAAGAGUAAACCGCAGGGAAGGGGAAACGAAGGCCUCAAGGUUCAGCCAGGCAGAAGAAGGGAAAGAAAGACAGCAAAGAUGUGUGGGACGAAGCCAGCUCUCAUAUUCUGAGAAUUGAUUUGGCCGAGUCUCAGCUAGAUACUAGAAAAUAUUUCCAGGAGUAUGACGAAGCAAAUAUCUACACCGAUCUCAGCCUCACCAACUUCGUGACGAGGGAAAUUCUCCAAUUCACGUCCGCCGGUCUGCAGACGAGGCACGAAUGGGCUCAAUAUCUCGCUCCAGACGAACGCAUCACAUUUAUGGUCACAUAAAUUGUUCCGUGGACUGAUCUCCAAAAAGCCCUGGCGUGAUCGCUCAGACCGUGAACCCCAAGGCUCGCUGACCCUGGAUUAGGUCUCAGUUUUUGUCAGAACACUACUGGGGAGUAGAGAUCUGAGAGUGGCGUUUACAGUGCCCGUGGUAUGAAUUCAACAGCUCAAUAGGACGAUUGGCACAGUCUGUCAGAUGCUCUGGACUUGUGCGCUCCUUCGUUUGAAUUUCACCGAAGGAUACAGGUUUACUUAAGCGGGAAGGUUGUUGCGUUCAGCUGCAUAUCUGGUAGAGCCUGGGAGGCCAGUGCUAAGAUUUGAUGUAAUGUCGUGUCGUGUAGAUGAUCCAAAACGUAAAAGGCAUGAACUCAUCGGACUUGGACUUCCCGAGGUGCCUCAAGAACAUGACUCCCAAGCUGCAACGUAUGAACAUGUCAAACAUUUGAAUGAGAAGAUGGAAGCCGAAGAGAUGGAGCAAGAUUACCCCACGGAAUCUUCUGAUGAGGAGAUGCCAAAAAUAAAAAAAAGGGAAGAGAAGAAGUACAAUUGUCAAGAGUGUGAUUAUGCUGCUAGUAAACCUGCGCUGCUCAUACAGCACCUACGAUCUCACUCUGAACAGAAACCUUUUUCUUGCCCCGUGAGUGGUUGCCCUAGCACAUACAAGCGUCAGGAUCACCUCAAUCGUCAUAUGAAGAUACACGAUGGAGCCCGGUUUAGCUGUACAAUACCAGGUUGUGACCGGUCUUUCAGCAUGAUGACUAAUCUAACGCGUCAUUUAAAGUAUCAUGCUGAAAAGUCCAUUUUUCCGAAGCCCAAGUCUUCCGGAGAGAAAAAGCACAAAUGUCUAAACCCUGGUUGUGAGAAGAUAUUUCGAUAUCAAUCAGAGCUGCGAUCUCACGAGGACAACGUUCAUAGCAUCGUUUUUGCGGAGCAUGUGUGCAUAUACCCCGGGUGUGGAGAGAAACUGACUAGCGAGGCAGCACUCUUGAAACAUGCUGUAGAAGCACAUCCAUAUCUUUUAUGUGAGGUCUGCGGUGAAACUAUUACAAGGCAAGCAUACAGGCGGCACGUGCGCUCUCAUGGAACGAAAAAGCCUGUAAAAGUUACAUGUCCUUACGAGGGGUGCACACAUCAUUACACAAGGGAAUCGAACCUAAGGUCGCAUAUCAGGUCUUUCCACCUUAAGCUGAAGCCAUUUGUAUGUUCUUUCGAGGGUUGUGACAAAAGCUUCGCCCACAAGGCUGCAAGAAAGAGGCAUGAAAUGUCAGUAGUACACUGUCAUACUGGAACCGAUUUUGAGGCGGCAGAGCUGGCGGAGUCAUCGAAGUCAAAGGGUGGCAGGAAGAAAGUCUGUUUUGAAAAGGUGGAGGACCUGUAUAUCAGAAGAGCAAAGAAGGUAUCAUCGAGUCGUGCUAAGGGGCAGCAUCAUCACAUCGAUAGUCAAGGAGAAGAAGAAAUGAAGAUUGGUACUUUAUGAGCCAAUACGUAAAUAACAAUGCGCAAUUAGAGAUCUGGUGUGAGGGGCUUAUGUUCCCACCCAGACGCGUAUACGUCAUUACCUCGGCCAUUAGAGUAGUAAACUGAAGAGCAGAUUUAUGUAGUAUCAUAGUCGCAGUUGGUCAGUAAGUUUCAUCUUACAAGACUCGGUCUUUGCCGUCAGGUGCAUUUGAGGGGUUCUUUUCUUUUGAUGGCUGGUUCGAACGUAUAGUACGGCUUUCUUUCUCUUUUCGGCAAGAAAGAAGGAUAUAGAAUAUUUAUGUUUACUUCACAACGGGACCAGUGAUUGUAUCCUGAGUGAAAGAAGGCAUGGUUGGCAAAAUUAGUGGUUUCAUAUUGGAGAAGUUGAAAAUUUCGC